AUCAAGCACCUGUAUGCAAGGGCAUCUCAGAUGGUAGCAGGCUGUACACUUGCAUUUGCUCUCCCUCGAUGUGUCCUUCGCAUUCUGGCCUCCGACGAGGCUCGGUGUCGUUUCGACAUCAAGCUUGGAGACAAACAUCGCACUCUAAUGACCUACAGCGCUGCAGCUGCCAUAUCGUUUUGCAGAAAGAUGAUCUGGCCGUAUAACUCUCCACCGCCAUCUCUUGAUUGUUACGGUCGAUCCUCUGUCGCUCGAGCUCAUACUCUACUGGCGUGAUGACGGUACAACUUCGAUGGAACAAUCAGCAGUACGCUUCUGCAUAUGCUGUCCCGACGUCAAGACUGCGCCUACCGUUCGAGCGUCACCGUACCUUCGGAC